AAAAGGAGAAGGAGAAACGCGGGCAAACGUUUGUCAACAAUAAAAUUAUCGCGACGAAUGAGGAGGAGGAAGAAGAAUAAGAAGACAGAGGACGUGAAGCGAGACGAAAAAAAGGAAUGACUUGUCCGUUAUCCGUGAAAUUAGCUGAUUACGUAUUCGGGCGCGUUCUAUUGCUGGAGCUGGCGAAAAGAUAAAUGUGUGAUGCAGAGUGAUUGAGCGAUGGAAGUCGAAUCGGUCUCGUCGUCGUUUGUGUACCUGCUUGCGACUUGCUCCUCAAUCCUUAUCUCUGUGCGAAUCGUAAACUUUAUAUUAUCAUUUUAUGGAAAAGUUCCGUGCGUCUUGUCUCCUAUAAUUUCAAAGAUGUUCGUUCCGAUGGCAGUCAUUAUUCAUGCUGCUCCAGGCACAUACUCUGCGAAAGACUCUAUACCUAUCUGCAAAGUUUUGCAGAUUUCAUUGUUCACUUGCUGUUGCACAAUGCCCUGACCAUCCUGGCAAAAAUCAAUAACGUGGUGUAUAGCAUUUGAAUGCCUAUUAAUUUAUACAAUUAAACUAUAACAAUAAAACAAUCACUUCUCAUCGCUUACAUCCAAAUAUAGUCUAUCAUUAAUUUUGUUUUUAGACUUAGUUUUAUACAAGUGAACUACGGAAAAUAUCGAAACUAACACAUUUGUUUCUCUUUAAGAUCGGGGUUCUGUACGAUGCGCCAAACCUUUGCUGUUAACGAAAUUAUGUUAUUUACAUCAUUACAAUUGUAGUUGCUUAAUGAUAAAGCUACUGUCAUUUUUACGAAAAUCUUAUUCUCCAAUUUUGAAUAUACCGCUUAAUAAUGGUAAAUGUUUGGUUUGCCGUGCAGAACAUUUUAACGGAAUUUUAAUUUUGCACGACGUGUCACAUACAAAACAACGACAAAAUCACGAAAAUAGAGGUUAUGUGAGUAUGAUUAUAUUGUGAGCUCUACUGAUGUAUUUAGCAAAGUGUUUAGGUAUCUUAGCAUCAAGCACACUCAUUUGGUACUCAUUAUUGCAACAAGACAAUAAAGUCGCGAAAUUAAAAUCUCCGCAAAUCUGACAGCAGCAGUGAAACUUCCUUGAUUGGGAUUGGAUGUCGCGAGCCGUACCAGCUGAUCACGGGAACGCGAGACUGGCUUGAGACCAUGAUGUUUAAAAUCAAAAGUGCUCUAUUUUAACAUUCAUGACAUAAAAUAGUGCGGAUUGUAAAUGAUGACUGGAAAUAUAAAAAAGAACAUGACAUAUCUCGCGAAAAGUGUACAUUUUGAAGUUAAAGGUGUGUUGCCAAGUCUUUAGGAAUGUCGAUUGACUACACGAGUGACGUCAUAGCAUUAUGUGGUGAUAUGGCGAGUGAAGCGGUGAAGAAAUCCGAAGGCCAAGCUGAGCAGGAGCAUCCUACCGCGUCAGAAGAAACGGAGGCAGUCAGAGGCGAAGAGGAGACAAUUGCCCGGGAGGAAGAAGAGGAAGAACACAUAGACAGUGCAGAGAGCCCAUCAGUGCCUCCUAGAGGCAACGACAUCUCUGCUCCGGCGACAGCCGCAGCAGUUGUAGCAGCUAACGUAGCAGUCCCGGCCCCACCGGCAGGAGAACCGGCGCAUCAUGCCCGGCGACCGAUGAACGCAUUCCUCAUCUUCUGCAAGCGACACCGCGCAGUAGUUAGAGACCGAUAUCCCCACUUAGAGAAUAGGUCCAUCACCAAGAUUUUAGGAGAGUGGUGGGCCAAUCUUGAUCCUCCAGACAAGGCUAGUUACACAGAGCUUGCUAGGCAGGUGAGAACGAAGUACAAAGAAGCCUUCUUGAAAGCUAAUCCAGACUUCAAGUGGUACAAGCUGCCUGCACCGCCACUUAGGACUUUGAUGACCAGACCCUCCAAUCAGAAUAAACCUCACAAGCUAGAAUGCCAAGUCACAUGCGGGCCCAUUACCCCUGGGAAAUUGGCAGAUGAGAGCCAAAUGGGUGGUUUGAGCAGCCUGCUUGCCUCUUUGCCAAGUACGCCGCACACACCAACCCCUCCUGCUGCAUCUGUGCCUGUAACGCCCACGACCCCGCCAGUGCCCAACCCCCCUACAUCUCCCACUGUGCCCAAACCCCCAAAGAAGAGGUACCUGCAAGAGACGAUGGCUUUGCUUGAUAACAGCAGUGCCCCUCCAAAGUACAACUUGCCUGGCGAAACCAGUUUUGGGCAGACCAGUGUUUCAAAUGAGUUAAAUUCUGACACUUAUCAUCAGAAGGGAAACAGUGCAACAUCUACUCUUAGCAGUUCUGCCACAACAUCUAGCGAUUCAUCUGCCUUGGAUUUGCCUGAAGUACCUCUGAAGGAGUACAGUCGAGUUGCUAUGCCCAUUACAUAUCCUUCUCCAUUCACCAAACUCCGAAGCCAUGCUGCAAAUCAGUUACAAGAAAAGCGUGUGAACCGCAUCCAGAAAGCUAGUCCUGAUGGAAUGAAAGAUCAAAGGGAUGUCGCCUUCAGCAAAAUAAAGUCCAAUCUAAUGCAUGCCAAGCGAACACCACCACAGAGUCCGCAGAGGGACUGCAAAGAGGAGGAGAAUUCUACAACCGAAACCAGUACACCUGAGAAGUCAACUCCUGGAUCAGAGACGUUACUCAAAGCAUCAAAACAGCAAAUAAUUGAUCGAGUGGUUGACGUGUUAUGGAAAGACCAACCUCUUGUGGAGCCACUGAUAGCUGAUUUGUCCCCAGAUCAGGGGGUGAAUGGGUCUGUUUCAGCAACAGCAGCUAAACAAUUGUCACCGACUCCUCCCUUUGCUUUGGGUUCGCCUCCGCACUCAAAAGUUGGUAAUUCAACCUCUCCAAGGUAUCUUUCCAUCUCAGAAGGAUCUCCUCCAAAAGUAGAAAAAAAGGAAGGAAGUAUUAAAACAAAUGUGUGUCAUGUUCCUCGACAUAAGAAAUUUUCUUCUGCCACUUCUAAGUUGUGGAAUGUUGAUACCACUCACGCUCAUUCGGACACUGAUAAGUGUUUAAAGCACAACAACAACAACAACAACAACAACAACAACAACAAUAAUAAUAAUUAUUUGAACCAUAGUGGCAGCUUAAAUCCUUGUGAUGAAUCCAAAAUGAACUUGCAAUCCAGGGCAAUGGAAAGUAUUACCAAAAACCAAGAAGGAGGCCAAGGUGAUGCAACUGUAAACACAUCGGAAAGUGCAACUAAUUUGUUUGUGUCUGAUGAUUCAUACAAUAACAACACAAUUUCCCUUCCAGAGAAAACUCAAGACAAUAGUAUUAAAGCCUCAGGAAUUUGUGAUAAUGAUAAAGCAGAAAUCAAACUCGGAAGUGACAAAAAGUCCUCUGCGGUGUUGUGUGAUUCCGAGUUGAAGGUACCCAAUGGUAAUAAACUUAGAAUCUCAUCUGGAAUUGAGUCAGACAAGAAUACCUGUUCAGUACCUUCUGAAAAUGGUGAUAUAAAUUAUCAAGUUUUUAGUUCACCAGCUAGUGGUGUUAUGACUGGAUCAGACUUGUCAAAUAGUGCUGAAUGCAUUUUAGAUCUGCAGAACACAGAUGAUGUAAAUAUGGUAUCUUCGUUAGGCACAAAUGCAACAGAAGUAAAAACGAUAGUGUCUAAUGGUAGCUUUUCAAAGACAGAGACUGUUCUGUUCAUGCCUGUUACUUUGUGUGGUAGCGAGCUAACUGCCCCAGCACCCUCGGACUCACUGCUUGACUUGAAGACUGACAGUAAUGAUUCGACUCAAAUUAUCAAAAGUGAGCCAUCCUAUAUGUCAAUUUCACCCGUGAAUUGUGAAGAAGCUGAUUCCACCUCUCUCCAGUCCUUAAAUUUCUCUGCUUCGGAGGUAGAUUCUAAAGCAGACUCCAUUGUAAAGUCUGAAAACAGUGUAGUUUUUGUGACUGCUGAUGAGAUGAAAUGUGAGAAUAAGAUCACUUCUGUGAAAUUGGAUCCAGAUUUGGAUUCUGUUUCCUUUCCCUUGACUGCAGAGAAUGAACACGAAAGCAAUAGCAGUAUUUUUGAGGUUAAAUCCGAGAAAGAACAAAAUGAUGCUAAUUGGCAAAUUGCCCCAGCUAAGAGACCAAAGACUCUUUCGAUAUCCAACACGAGAGAUCCUAAGAAGGAAGUGGAGGAGAAGUCACCAGCUUGUAGUCAGACGCCUCCUUCUGAACAGCCUAGCUACAGUUCAGGAGACACAACGACCAGGCGCAAAUCGCUUCGUGCAUGCAAAGGACAACGCUAUAGAGAGUUCAUGAAUGAAGGUCGUCUGGCUGUGGGAAAGAGGAGUCGACGAAAUUUUGGAAUGGUCUCAGAAGGAAACUCGGAUUACAUUGUGGGAUCAGCGGGUACCUCUAAUCCAGCGGUUCGUAGAGAUCGUGUGGACUCUGGUUCCUCUACCACGAGUGACCGUGCAGACUCUGUAAUGUCUGAAGGCUGCUCCAAGGAGCCUGAGUUUGAUUCACCUGCAGCUGCUGUGGUCAGUGGUAGGGUGUCCGUAUCAAGUGAUGUCAGUCCUUCUAGUCCCAGGCCUAUAUCGGGAGGUUUUCCUGCUAGUAAGGCCAGUAGCAGAGAUACUUCUGCAAAUUCCCCCUCAGGUACCUUAAAAAAGAUGAGAAAAAUUUCUGAAACGUCAGAAGACUCAUUUUCUGAUUCCUGUCCAAAGAAGCGCUUCCGGGCAGCUCUCGAGGAGUUCCAGCUGAAGAAGAAAGCACGCAAGAAGCGCACGUCUCCUAUGCCCAAGAAGACUUCAUCCUUCUUUUCAUCUUCCUACUCUUCGUCAUCAUCUGGUUUGCUGAUGAAUUUGACAGCUGGAGCCCAUGUUAAUGAGACUAAAACCGUCUUAACUUCCAAGUCAGGCAGCACUCCUGGGAAGCCAAAUGGCAUUUUUGAGAGUGAGAACACUGGAAGCAGCUGUAACAGCAGCAACAAUAACAGCGAUGGACGGAAUAAUGGUGCCAGCAAAGGGCCCUCUACGCCUGUGUUGGUGGGCAGUCAAAAGAGAAAAGCCCGCAAGCAGAGCAUUACGCACCUUGACUCAGAGGAUGCUCGUGCACAGAAAGAUACUGCUGUUGUGGAGCCAGAUGUCCUUAGUAGCUUUGGCUUAGCUACUUUGGCAGAAGUUGCUAGCUCCAAGUCAAAGCUAUACAAAAUAGAUGGCAGCUGGUUUUUUCCUGAUAUGUAAUUUACCAUUUUGUUUUGGCAACUAUGAAAUAUGAAGAAAUGGAACUGAAGCAAAUAUGAUCACAUUUUCAGUUUUUUUACCAUAUUGUUAGAAUUGUAAAUUUUUCGUGGGCUUUUUGUUUAUUGCAAUGGCAACUUACAGAAGAUAAAGAACACUCAGUCUUGUGAUUUAGAAGAAUGUGUGUUCUCAUACACAUAGAUUUUAUAUAGUCUUUGUAUAAAAAGUCUAUGUUGGCUGUGACUGUAUAUAUAUGCUGGUAUAUAUAUUUUUAUUGGUUUUUGUUAUUUUUGGUGAAUGUGAGAGAAUUGACUGUAAUUUGUGUGGUGGACGUGUCCUACCUCGAAAGAAAUGAUUGAGACAUUGAAAUGCACUUUCCUGAUUGCACGAUGGGUGAUGAAGAAGGGAAUACCUCACAGUUCUUUAAUAAAAGGAGAAAAAACAUUCAUAUCAUGGUAAUGUUUCAUGUCUCCUUUUACGUUACCUUUAGAUACUUUAUUCCAUCAAUACAGAUCAGUAUUGGAAGUAAUUUUGCAUUAAGAUUGUUUGGCCUCUGAUACAGCAAUUUACAGUUUCUUUUUAGUUAAGUUUUAAAUGAGGUUUUUCACAAAUGAUUUAUGUUAGUAUUGACUGUAAUAUUUUUCUGUGUUUUUGAAUUGUUUUCAUCUCUUUGUUUUAUGAUCUUGGUGCUUUUUGUCGCUUAACUUGAGUGUAUAAUUUAUAAAGUGGGUUUUUAGUUUGUUUGUUGUUGUUUUUUUUCCUUCAGUUUUGAUAUGGGAAUAGCUGAUGUACAAGGUUACCCUUCUUUAUCGCUAAAAUUACCUAUUUUGACAUUUACUUUAACUGGACUACAUUGCCUACAGCUAAUGAGGGAGCUGUUAAAGCAAUCACCAGCAGGAGAAACCUUAUCAUGUACUUUUUGCCUUCUUGGGCCUUUUAGUACUCUUAAAAAGAGAAAAGCAUAUGAGGUGAAACAAUUCUAAGAGAGAAUUCCUAAAUUUAGAAUGUCUAUUUUUCACAUCAUUUGUAAACUUUAUGUCAAAUGAAAAUGAGAGUUGUGAAAAUUGAAUAUAUCAAACAAAUUUAUUUUUUUCUCCAGUUUUCUUGAAAAUUGCAAUGUGUUGUGAAUAUACAACACACCAAAAAAUGGUACAGGGUUAGCUCUAGGGAACAGGGCCUAGAAUGGACAGUAGAUCUUUCUAAUAACAUUACUUACCAAUAAAAGUUUGGAUGCACAUUACCUAAGCAGUUAUUUUCAUUUUUUGUUUGGAUAAUAUAACUGCUCCUCAAAUCAAAGAGGACCAACCAGCUUCUGUUUUGUAUCCAUAUUUGUUCUGUAUCCGUGUUGACAGUAAUGAGGAAUAGAAAUUCACUAUGUGAUUUUAGUUUCCUUUGCAAUUGGGACUUGCCAAUAAUGUAAUUGUGGGAAUGUUAACUAAACAUUUCGAAGACCGUAAUUUUCUAUCAUGACAAUGUGAAAAUAGUGUUUUAUUUAUAGGAGAGAAUUGCUUGUUAUCUUUGUGUGUUUUAAUAUGUGCCUAGUCAGUAAAUGUCUAUGAAUUGAAGAGAGAUGUAGAAAGCUGAAAACAAAGAUAGUUACCAUAUAAAAGCACUUUUCCCUGAAGCAACCCUGAAUUUCUGUAGCUAAGACUAUUAAGUGGUGCUAAUUGGGGGGAGUCCAAGACAAACUUGUAGAUCUUGUUUGCUCAAGGACAAAAUGUACGUAGAAUCAUAUGAUUCACAAGAUAUAUUUGGUUACAUUUUGUUCAUUACACAGAUAACGCAAAUAAUUUGAACAUAAUGAAAUGUUUAAAACAAAAUUGGGAGCAAGAAUUUUAUAUAUAUGAAAGAUAUAUGAUUAAAUCAUUAUUUAAUGUUUUAUAUAGUAAUAUACACAACUCAAUGUUCAUUGUUGUGAUAUGAAAAUUAUAACUAGAAGGCAUGUGUGCAUACAUUAUGGCUGGUUUCAGAUGUUUGAUAUUACUAAACUUUUUUGUCUUCAUAGAAAAAACCUGUUAGUUCUUGUACAAUUCAUAGAUGUUAGAAGUUGUAUGAAAUCUUUUUGGACUAUGCAGUGCUACUAAAUACAUGUCCUCUAUAAAAAAGCUAUCUUAAGCAUUUGAGAGACAUGUUUCAAUGGAGUAAUAUCUUCUGGGAUUUACAGAUAUGUUAUUUUCUCAAAAAAAUUGUCUUGUAAAUUCUCUUUUCUCAACACCAAUUUGAGAAAUUGUAGUUCAUACAAAUCAUGUAUUCAUUCAUUUUCAUGUUCCAGUACACAAAGAAUUAUUACUAGAAUGAAAGGUAUACAUUCUUUUAUUUUUGAUAGUGAAGGUAAGGAUGAAUCGGUUCUCACUUAAUGAUCUUUUUUUUCAAUACAUUAUUAAAGAUAACAUACGGUAUGAGAUUUCAAGAACUGUUAUUUUAAUCACAAGUUGAUGGACUACAUUGCCUGGAGUAGCACUGCAUAAGGUGGUUCCUGUGGUAUUAUAAAUAUAUUCAAUAUUGAAGAGUACUUUAUUACAGGAAUCCUUGAUUCUGAGGAUUGAAUCUUAAUAUCAUAAUUAUAAAUAUCAAAAGCAUCUUUGCAUGAAUGGAGACUUCAGAAGGUGUCCCAUGCUUAAGUCCUAAUUUUUCAGUGAGUGAUAAAAUGUCCAAAUCUGUUUACAAUGCUUUAUUUGCACCAAAAGGAUACAGUAUCAUAGCAUGUGUGAUAUUCCAUUUAUAUUACUGUUACCAUCACCACAACAACCACCAUUGUAGGAAUUAAUUUCUUGAGAUUUUGAAAAAUUAUUCUAAUUUAAUAUCAACGGGAUGUUCAAUUUUCCUCUUCUUUCUCCUGUAUUCUGGCCAAUUUUUUUAUUUUUAAUAUAUAACCAUAUAUCUGUUUUCUGUGCACCCUCAUGUUAUAUAGCAUAACCUUUUGUAAUAUUUUCAAGACAUCUUCCACAAUGGUUUUCAGAUUGAGUAACUGUACAGCAUUAUCUAUUUUCUUCUCCCCCAGUGGUGCUGUUGCUGGAAUUUGAUGUGACUGGAAACAUUCCAUGUAUUUAAACAUAAUCUUUACUUAAAGAAUGGAAAGAAUUUAUUCCAUUGAAAAUAGAUUUUGUUUCUAAUGUUUAACAAACAUACAAGUAUAAAGCCUUUACUCGACAUAUAUUUCUAAAAGUAAUGUUUAGUUAUUCAUAACUUGGUGCAAAUAAAUUUUAUUCUUCAUUAAUGAAUGAGAUUGAGAGGUAUGGUAGGGACUUACCUGUAAAUGUUGUAAAUUCUGUAAGUAAAAUAUAUUUGUUAAUUGAAAUGAGCUUAUUGUGCUAUUGGUUGUGAGUACUGGUGAUUGAAGUAUGUGCAUUUAACUGUACUUUGUACAGUACUUCCCAUUACAGUGUGUUUCCUUAUAAGACUGUUAACUUUGAUUGGAAAAGAGUAUUGAAAAAAUGCAGGUUGUUAUUCAUUUUUGUAAUGCAGUCUUCUUAGAAAUCUUUACAAUCUGAGAGAAUUUCAAAUUGCUUUAAAUACUUAUCAUUUUUUCCUCCAAGAAAUCAGAGUAGACUUAUUUUGGUAAACGUUAUAAGUUAACCGAGAGUUCUUGGUGGCAUUAGACAUCUUCUGGUAGUCUUAGUGGUGAAUUUAAGAAAGGCCUUGUAAAUGCGGAAAGGCUUUACUUAAGUUAGAAAAGUAAGCUAUAUUCCACUUUAUAUUCAAAUUUUUUUACGAGUAGGAAAGAAGUAGUGACCCUCUUGAAAUUAUUAGAAUAGCUCACAUGAAGUACAAGGAAUAAUGGAGAUGUAAGAACAGAACUUGUAACAUGAUGCUUGUAAUUUUCUCUAUUUUUGGCAUAUUCUGAUAAGAACAAUGAGAGAAUACGUAUCAGCUUAAUAUUUAUCUAUCAAUUUUACUUCUAGUAAGUGUGAGAUAAGUCUUGUCUUUUCUAGCAUAAAUUUGUGAGAUUGGCCUUUAUAUGAGAAAUUGUGUGCCAUUUGUAUAUAUGUUGAAGAAUUUCUAAUUAUAGAUGACAGAAGUGUCUGUAGAAUCCCUUUCAUUAAGAGAUUUAUUAAAACUUAACAUAAUUUGUGAACUCAAAUGUAUUUUUGGAUACAACUCCUAACUGAAUAUGAUUUUUCUUGAUUCUGCGAAAAGAAAGGUCAAUUUAAAGUCUGCCUUUCCAGUUUAUGAAAUUAGUGCCUGGCCCGAAACAGACUGCAUAUUGAUGAUAAUUUUUCAGUUUAAAUUUUGUGUACCUUUCUCAUCAGGAAAGAUUAUUAAUAUUGUAAUUUGUCCUUCUGAGUCCUCCUGAGAUAGGGUACUUGCAGAUUUCUUCUUGGCCAUUACGAAUAGUUUCUCAGAAAAAAGUUUAUUUCAGCUUCUGCUUAUUUCCAUUCUAUUCUAUGUUCUUGUGAGCGGUUUGUGAAGAUCUUUUAUUGUAAAUGAAUCAGUAAUGUAUAGUUUCUUUAUUGAGCAAGUGCCAUGCAUGAUUGGCAUUUGGUGUUUCUUCCUUACACCAAUUUUCUUAUUUCUGUGUUUGAUAUUAUUCAUAUUAUAUAACUGGCACAGACAUGAUCUUUAUGGAGGUGUUUUGUCACAUUUAGAUAGAUGCACCAUUUUCAGUUUAAAGAGUUGUGAAAAUUUUGUAAAAGUUGAUAUUACCAUUUCUUCUGCAUGUUAAUAUUUUUAAU